CAAUAAUCCAAAUUAUUCAUAAACGAACGGGGCGUCACAGCUCCAAUCGCUCAUCAAGCUCAUCGGAUCAUCUCGAACCUUCGGUAGGUGAAUCGGACUGCUCGAACCGCUUGGGAACCAUCUUGGACUCGAACCGGGACUUCUGGACCAAGUUGAACCAUUCUGGUGCGAGCUGGACACGCCUGGACCGGUCUAACCUCGCUCUGGGCUUGCUGGCAGCGAUUUGGGCUCACUCCGGUCAAGCUGGACUCGCUUGGAUGCUUCUGGGCUUGUUUAAAAGUCGCUGGGCUGCACCAACAACGAGUUGGGCCGUAGUGAUGCUGCAGUUGGGCCGCGCACAAGGUAGUUGGGCCACGCGAAAGGACAUCUGGGCCAAGGAUUCAUCUGGUAAAAAGAAAAUGUCUCCUAUUUGGGCAAGGAGAAGGAUCGAACCCGCGACCUCGCACGGGGAAGACAGCGCCGCACGCCACUGCGCUACACAAG